GCUGUCUCGUCUUUGCGCGCCCAAAGAUUUGCUGGUCGUCGUAAAUCGCAUUUUAUUGCUCGCGAUCUUCGACUCUGGGCCUUUCCCAGUAUUACUGCUUUUCUCGCGCCAUUCUUCUUUUCGCCUCUUCUGGCUUACUUAUUCUUUAAAUAUCACAUUCCCUUACAUUUCUCAUUAAUUGAUUGGCCUCAAGAAAGAGAUUACCUACUUUUAUUUUUCUUCUUGUGUACAUUGUUUUCUAUUCGACCACCAUCUUAAAAACGCGACGCAGCAUUCUUGAUCCAGUUCAGCCUGGCAACAAUGUCUAUCACGAGAGAACACAGUCUGCCAGAGAGGCGCAAUCCGUACAUGGUUGAGGAUGUUCCAGAUUAUGCCGAUCUUGUAAACUGCCGGGCGUUGGGCCAAACCAAACUGACUCAACGAGUCGCAAUCCCCAAGGAUGCUGAAUCCAAUGGUCUUCGUGUAUUCGACUACGCACAUCUCCGCGCACCUCUUCCGAGGGGUGUUGUUUCGGGCAUUUUUAGCAAAGGAACUCCGAAUGCCUACUUCCUGAUGCGACGAAGUUCUGAUGGAUACGUCUCAGCCACCGGCAUGUUCAAGGCCACUUUCCCAUACGCUGAUGCCGAGGAUGAGGAGGCCGAACGAAACUAUAUCAAGUCUCUUCCGGCUACCAGCAAGGAAGAGACGGCCGGUAACGUUUGGAUCUCUCCAGACCAAGCGAUUGCUCUGGCCGAGGAAUACAGCAUCGCUACUUGGAUCCGCGCGCUGCUUGAUCCCACCGACAUCCCACUUCACGGGCCUCAAUCUGCCAAGGCUGCAUCUGCGUCAUCAAAGACGAUUUCGGCGCCACCAAAGUAUUUCCAUGGCGUUGCGCCUCCGACGCCGAGCUCGAUACGGACCAGCUCCCGUACGCGGCGAUCGGCCAGCCCUACCAAGUCGAGUCGCGCGACAGCAAGCCCUCGCAAGCGCUCGGCGAAAGCUAUUUCGUCUCAGCAGAGUGCAUCAUCGGAAACUAGCAGUGCGAAACCAUCAGCAUCACCGACUUUGGCUACCUCUCAGCUUGGAGCUGCUCCGGCAUUGCCCGUGCCUGUGGCUGUGCCCGUGCCUUUGCCUACGCUUGAGCCGGUGGCGGAAGAUGUCGUUAUUGAGUCACUCGAAAAGGAGCCUGCGCCAGGUCCCAUGGAGGAAGAUGAGCCGAAGGUCAAAAUCACUGUCGACCAAGACGUGAAGAUUGACGAGAACGGCGUCGAGACGACCCAUACCAAUAUGGAGGUCGAAUUGCCUUUAUUCGGAGAGCCACCAUCCGCUGAGGAGACGGCACGCAUGGUUGCCGAAGCAAAGGAAAUGGUCUUGGCUGCUAAAGAAACGGUCUCGGGAUCUGCGUCUGUGCCAGCCUCCCCUUCAGUGACCAGGCAGCCUGAAACUCCAGUGAAGACCAGCAAGAGGAAAGCCGAGGGAAUUUCUGUUGACGAGCAGGAAGAAGCGGAGAAGGACGAGGAAGACCGGAUCGUUGAGAAUGGGCCAAGGGCCAAAAAGAUGAAGACGGAGGCAGAGCAGAAGCGGGACCGAGUGCGUAAGCGCGCGCUGUUUGGAAUCAGUGCCACUUUGGCUGUUGGUGCCGCGAGUGCAUUGGUGCCAUAUGUCAUGGGAAUGCUUUGAAAAAAACAAAAAAAAAACAUAGGAAAUGGUGUUCCGCUGGUUGGCGAAUGUUGACGAAGUCUUCGAUGGAGUGGUUCGUUUGUUGUUGAAGAUUCCCCCUUGUAUACAAAGUUCGCGAUAUGUGCACAUACCCUCUUUUAUCUAUUUCCUUUCUUUUCUCGUCCUCUUUUCCCCUUGACCCUUAUUGCAUGGCAGCACAAAAGACGUGCGCAUGUGCACUUUUUUGGGUAGAGCCUCGCGCACUGCGCCAGAAAGAGCCAGAUAUUAUUUGAGAUACGCGGCCACCCCUGCAGGUCCUGCAAAUCAAACCAUUACAAAAGACCGGUAGAAAGAUAGUACAGGCCUUUCAAAGUUAUAAUACUGCAUAUUUUAUUUCAAAUUACACCCAAUCAAGCACUAUGAGUCUGGG